AUGAAGUUCACUCUAGGCCUGGGGUCGCGGGCGUGGAGAGUGUCCUGGGAGCGCCCGGGGGAGGGCGGCUGCGCGCUCCUCGGCGGCGCACGGCGCAUUUCCAGCCCGCGGCCCGUCCGCCGCGGCUCACGACUCGCGCGCGCCCUCCCUCUAUGCCUCUCCCGCGGCGGCGGCGCCCGAGCUCUCCCGGACUGCGCCGGGCCCAGCCCCGGCCGCCUCGGCGCCAGACAGCUGGCUGGCCCGCGCGCUAUGGAGCAGACGUACGGCGAGGUGAACCAGCUGGGCGGCGUGUUCGUCAACGGCCGCCCCCUGCCCAACGCCAUCCGCUUGCGCAUCGUGGAGCUGGCGCAGCUGGGCAUCCGACCCUGUGACAUCAGCCGGCAGCUUCGCGUAUCCCACGGCUGCGUGAGCAAGAUCCUGGCGCGCUACAACGAGACAGGGUCCAUCCUGCCCGGGGCCAUCGGGGGCAGCAAACCGCGUGUCACUACCCCCAACGUGGUCAAGCACAUCCGGGACUACAAGCAGGGCGACCCUGGCAUCUUUGCCUGGGAGAUCCGCGACCGGCUGCUGGCCGACGGCGUUUGCGACAAAUACAACGUGCCCUCUGUGAGCUCCAUCAGCCGAAUCCUGCGCAAUAAGAUUGGCAGCCUGGGUCAGCCGGGGCCUUACGAGGCGAGCAAGCAGCCGCCGCCGCAGCCGGCCCUGCCCUACAACCACAUCUACCAAUACCCCUACCCCAGCCCUGUGUCGCCCACGGGCGCCAAGAUGGGCAGCCACCACGGGGUCCCGGGCUCAGCAAGCCACGUCAGCAUUCCCCGUUCGUGGCCCUCGGCGCACUCGGUCAGCAAUAUCCUGGGCAUCCGAACAUUUAUGGAGCAAACAGGGGCCCUGGCUGGGAGCGAAGGUGCCGCCUACUCCCCCAAGAUGGAAGACUGGGCCGGCGUGAACCGCACGGCCUUCCCGGCCACCCCUGGAGUGAAUGGUCUCGAGAAACCUGCCUUGGACGCAGACAUUAAAUACACUCAGUCGGCCUCUGGCCUCUCUGCGGUAGGCGGUUUCCUCCCGGCCUGCGCCUACCCUGCCUCCAACCAGCACGGCGUGUACAGCGCACCGGCCGGCGGCUACCUCGCCCCCGGCCCGCCUUGGUCGCCCGCGCAGGGCCCCCCGCUGGCGCCCCCCGGGGCCGGCGUCACUGUGCACGGCGGGGAGCUGGCCGCAGCGAUGACCUUCAAGCAUCCCAGCCGGGAAGUGGCCGAUCGGAAGCCUCCCAGCCCCGGCGGCAAGGCCCCAGACGGCCUGAGUGGCUUACACGGACUGCCCAUCCCGGCCUCGACCUCCUAG